GGAUUUCAGAAGCAGCAUUUUAAACACAUUUAACACAGGAUAUCCAUAAAAGCUUACCAGAUAAGCAUUCUGCAAUCUGCACAUUUUCAAAUGAUUUCACAUGGGGCAUUCAAAGUGCUGCCCCUAAUCUGUCUGCUACAAACAGGCUACUCUAAAGUAUGGACUCAAGAUGCUUCUCCAGAUCCAAGUUUCAAGUCAUUUUCUGUGGUCAAGCCAGUCCUGUUCCAUGGCCGGACUAAAAGGGAGAUAUUAUCUACUAGAGAUUCAGAUGGACAUGUGCCAAGCAUUACAGUGGGAUUACCCGUCCUCGGUACCAACUACUUGCUAGAUCUCGAGUUGAAUAGAGAUGUGGUGAGCGCGGCUGCCCCGCUGCGGUACCAUCGCAACGGGUCCAUGGUCACCGACACCCGGGCAUUAAACGAGGACGAGAACUGUUAUUACUCAGGUCGCGUUCGUGAUGUUGACGGCUCCUCUGCGGCCGUCUCUACCUGUGAUGGCAUUAGCGGGUACCUGUUCGACGGCCGCCGGACGCUGUUCGUGUCGCCGGCCGGCGCGGACGGCCGACACUACCUGUACCGGGAGGAGGAGCUGACGCAGAACCGCACCUGCGGGGCGCCCGGGCCGCCCGAGCAGCCGGCCGGCGCGGCGCCCCACCACGCGCUCAGGGUGCGCCGGUCGGUGUCGGCGCCGCGCGGCCCGUAUAACGCCGACCGCCGCUCGCGGUACUUGGAGCUGGUGCUGGUCGUCGACCAGGAGGUGUUUCACGAGUACGGUGACGACCUCAAGGCUACGGUGCGACGCACGAAACAGAUCGCCAACAUCGUCAACUCGCUGUACACGCCGCUGAACAUAUUCGUGGCGCUGGUGGGUGUCGAGGUGUGGACCGAGUUCAACGAGAUCACGCUCUCGGAGAACGGUGACGAGACGCUGACCAGCUUCCUGGCCUACCGGCGCGAGAAACUGGUCACGGCCAUACCCAACGACAACGCCCAGCUGCUCACGGGAACAGUGUUCCAGGGCGGGGUGGUGGGCAAGGCGCUCAAGGGCCCCAUCUGCACGUUCGAGUUCAGCGGCGGCGUCAACAUGGACCACUCCAAACAGGUGUCACUGGUGGCCACCACCGUGGCGCACGAGAUGGGCCACAACUUCGGCAUGGAGCACGACACCAAGGACUGCGAGUGUAAGGACGACCGGUGCAUCAUGUCGCCAUCAUCCAGCUCCAUCAGCCCCAACCACUGGAGCAAGUGCAGCCUCAACUACCUGACACAGGCGUUCGGUCAUGGCAUGGACUACUGUCUGCGCAACAAGCCGGCCAGCCUGUACGAGUCGCCGGUGUGCGGUAACGGGUUCGUGGAGCCGGGCGAACAGUGCGACUGCGGCCUGCCGGACGACUGCCAGAACCCGUGCUGUGAUGCGCCCACGUGUAUGCUGAGAGAGGGCGCCGUGUGCGCCACCGGCCAGUGCUGCGACCUCACGGUGUGCCGCCCGAAGCGGGCCGGGGUCAAGUGUCGCGGCGCCGAGCACGAGUGUGACUUGUCCGAGUACUGCACCGGAGCCUCCGAGUUCUGUCCGGACGACGUGCACAAGCAGGACGGGCUCGAGUGCCAGGGCGGGGAGGCGUACUGUUACGGCGGCGUGUGCCGCACCCGCGACAAACAGUGCCAGAUCCUGUGGGGGCCCAGCGGCAAAAACUCCGUGGACAACUGCUACUACCAGAACGCCAGGGGCAACCGGCUGGGCAACUGCGGCUACAGCCGGCUCAACCAGACCUACCAGAAAUGUCUCAACCGGGACGUGAUGUGCGGCAUGCUGCACUGCGCGCACCUGAACGAGCGCCUCGAGUUCGGCCUGGAGUCGGCGGCCAUCAUCUCAGCCACGUUCAUCAACCUGGAGGGCCGCGAGGUGCCGUGUCGGACGGCCAUCGUCGACCUGGGGCUGCGCCAGCGCGACCCGGGCCUGGUGCCCAACGGCGCGCCCUGCGGACACAAAAAGAUGUGUGUGGAGCAGAAGUGUGUGCCUGUGGCAGAGGUGACGGCCGGUAUGUGCCCGCACGGCUGCGGCGGUAACGGCGUCUGCAACUCGGCCGGCCACUGCCACUGCGACCCGGGCUGGGGUCCGCCGCACUGCCUCACACCCGGCGACGGCGGCAGCGAGGACAGCGGCCCGGCGCUCGACCAGUCCGCGGCCGGCACGUUCGUCAUCAUUCUGUUCGUCGUGUUCCUGGGCCUGGUGCCGGCGGCCGCGCUCGUCUUCUGCUGCAUCUACGUCCGCCGCAACAACAUCCAGCUGAGCUUGUUCCAGCUGUCGUCGACCGGCGCCAGGAAGCCGGGGUCUGCCGGCCGCAAGCAGCCGUCCAAAGACACGUUUGCGAUGGAGGCGGCGGUGCGGCGGCCGGCGCCGGCGAGUCGCGACCCGGCAGCGCCGCUCACCCAGGCAGAGGCCGGCUCCAAGCGCGACCAGCUCACCAACAACCUGGUCGGGCACUUCAACGGCUUCUCGAUCCGUCCGAUGAAGACGGAGGAGACGGCCGAGCCGUCCGCGCCGGCGGAGCCGCGCCGGGUGUGUGAGGUGCGCCCGACGGUGGUGCGGCCCCCGCAGCCGCAGGACGUGCCGCGAACCACCUUCGGCGGACUCAAGGAGCGAGACACCAAGGCCGAGCCGCGCAAACCGGGCCCCGAGAAGCCGGCGCCGCCGCCGCAGGGCGCGCGCACCACCUUCGAUAUGAAGAAGGUGGACCGGAUUGAGAAAGGGACCAAGGCUGCGGAGCCGGCGGCCGAUCCGCCGUCGGCGCCGCCGCCGGAGCCGCCGCGGCCGGCGGUGGCGCCCGCGCCGCCCUCCGCCGCCGGCAGCAGUCGCACGACGUUCGGCAUGGCGGCGCCGGCGGCGCGGCGGCCGGCCGCGGAGACCAAACACCGGGACGAGGCGGCGCCGGAGCAGACGCGGCCGUCCGAGGCGCGCACCACGUUCACGGCGCGCGGCGCCGCCAAGCCGGGCGACCGUCCGCCGCCGCCGCCGCGGCCGACGGCGGCCGCCACGCCCGUGGCCGCCUCGGCGCCGGUCAGCCCCACGGCGCCGCCGCCGGUGGCGGAGACGGCGCGGCCGCGCAGCGUGGUCAACCCGCUGGAGGCGGUGCCAGACGCGCGCUCGGCGACGCUGCGCUCGGACACCAGCCGCUCGUCGACGCUGGAGUCCAACCGCUCGGCCGGCAGCGACCGGGCCGAGCGGCCGUUCGGCUCGGCUCUCUCCCGCAUGUCCGGCAUGUUCCGACGCGCCGACAAGUCGACUCCGAGCUCGCCGGAGCCGGAGCGCGGCAUCCAUCCCAAUCAGAGCUUCAAGGCGGCCAAAAUCGACCGGGACCGGCUCAAGGGUCUGCAGAUCUCUGCGCCGAUCCCGCAGAGCGUGUCGGUGCCGGAGUCGGCGGUGCCGCUGCCGGCCCCGGCCAGCCCCCCGCCGGCGGCAGCGGGCCGCGCGCCGCCGCUGCCCACCUCGCCGCCGGGCCGGCGGGCGGCGGCUGCGCGGCCCUCGGCGCCGCCGCCCCGCCCGCCGCCGGCGCCCGCCCCCGCCGCCGCCGAUGAGGUGUACGACGACUGCAACCUGGAGGCGCCGGCGGCGGCGCGCGACUCGCCCGGCGGCGAGAACAUCUACUCGACGAUCGACGAGCCGGCUGGGGAUCACGUGUACGCCAUGCCGCCGGCGGAGGAGGCGGCCGGCGCCGGCGGCGAGGACCUGCUCUCGGAGAUCGCCGCCGAGCUGCGCCACAAGGACACCUCGCUGUACGCAGCCGUCAACAAGAGCCGAGCGCGCGCCGCGGCGCCGCCGCCGGCCGCCGUCUACCAGAACCUGGCCGAGACGGCGGCCCCAGCGCCGCCGGGCGCCGCCGCUCAGAGGGCCGGCCGGGCGCGCGGCGCGCCCCCGGCACUGCCCAAAAAGCCCGAGCUCCGACGGCCUCCGCUCAAGUGACGGCCUAGUCAGUGAGUGCGUGUGUGCGGCUUGCUUGGCGUGCGCGUGAGGCUGCGCCCCGGCGACGGAGCGGAGGUAAGUGCUUGUUCAGCACGGAGUGUUGAUGCUGAGGCGGCGCAGCGGGGCAGCUGUGAAUCUCCAGUCUGAGUCAGUGUUGCGGGCGUUGUUUGGAAGUCGGGCGUGCUGCCGUCUACAGGGGCUUUAGUGACUGUGUUAGCCGUUAGGUGCCGCGUGUGUGGACUGAGAGCGUGCUGCGGUACUCGCGGGCAUGAUGUUCGCUCGCCGAGCGGUGGGCUUCUGUUGUGUCAACGGACACGUUUUUACUUUGGUUGAAUAUGCGAGCACCUUUGCCGUCACAGGUGCUCCAAGUCAAGUCCUACGCUUGUGUUGAUAUUGAUUGUGUAGACUACGUGGGGUGGUGCACAUUUGCCGCUGCCCGCCCCAUGCGGCAGUGAUGUUUUCCGCACUGUUACCCGACAAGUGCGUUUCAUGGCAAUAUUGUGUGGAUUUUAGCCCGCGUGUUAUACGCUGGCACUUUGAAUAACGGGCUGCCGAUAGCGGAUCAAAUUUGAUAACAGCCCUCGUUGAAGCUAGUUUUCGUGUUAUUGCAUAGCCUAAAAAAAAGGAGGCUCGCACAACUCAUAAGCUAUUUCAUGUUAUACGUUUGGCCCGGUGGCCUUUCGUCUCCGGUGGCGAGCCGUCGGCAGAGGCGGAGUCCGGCGUCCGCCGUUCCUCGUGGCCGCGGUCUCCGGUGUAACUGGGUGCCGCACCGGAUCUGAUCUGUGUACUAUAAGCUCACGAUAGCUAAUUUAAGUCUCACGUUAUGCCGCUUUGUUUUAUUUUAGCCCAUCUCCACAUUCUGCUUUUGUGAUAAAUAUGUUUGAGGACGAUGGUGGGUGAUUCGAUGUCGGCGCGAGUGUUUGUACAAUCUAUUGAGUCUCUCACUGAUGACAAUGUAAUGAUACUUAUGGUCCCUCCCCCGCACACACUCACCUUCUGUCGCCGUGGAGGCGCGUCAGCUGAUAGGUGCUACUCCGGUGCUACUCAGUAGGUGCUACUCCGUGGUCCACCGGUAUGUGACCCACCCGUCCGGCCUCGCCGCGUCUGCCGACUCCGGGCGGCGCGCCACUAACAGUUUUGUACCAACAGUGAGGCAUAUGCGUUUUUAUUGAAUACAUGAAAGAGUGCA